UAGGAUCGGAGGAGUUGGAAGGGAAUUGCUUAUAUAUGUAUGCUUUGUGCUUCCCCAGUUGGCCGGCUACCUCAUUAUAUAGCUAGCUAGAUGGGCUCACUUUGUUCCUUCUCCUAGCUAGCUUCGAUUCGGUUAAGCUAGCUAGCUAAGAAGUAGUCAAUUCAAGUUUGUGAUGAACGGAGGAGGAGGAGGAGGAGCGAAGAUGCUGCCUGUUGGGUACCGGUUUGAUCCGACGGAUGAAGAGCUUGUGGUUUACUACUUGAAGAGAAAGGUACAUGGCCUCCCAUUGCCGGCUUCCAUCAUUCCCGACUAUAACAGCAACUACUACCUUGCUCAUCCCUCCCACCUGCCAAUGCCUCUAGGCAAGACUAUGCAAAAGAGGUACUUCUUCUAUAACAGUAAAGAUAAUUAUCAAAGUGACAACAACCGCAGUAACUACAAGAGAGCUGCUGCUGCUGGUUGUGGUUUUUGGAGGUCCAUUGGGAAAGAGAAGCAAAUUGUUGACACUACUUGUUCUGAUCAAUGCGCCUGCAGCCAAGCUCAAUUAGCUGCUGUACUUGCGGUGAGGAAAACCUUGGUUUUCUUCGGCAGUCAUGGCAGGAAGAAGAAGACUACGCACCACCACCGCUACCGCUACCAACAUCAAAACGGGAGCCUCAGUACUAGCCCUCGUUGGUUCAUGCAUGAGUAUCACCUUCGGGGUUCUGAGGUAUUAGGAAACAACUGGGUUCUCUGUAGUGUAUUUCAGAAGAGGAGAAAGCUCACAAGCAAGAAAAGAGGUCGGACCUCAGCAUUGGAUAAUAUCGGAUCUUGUGGCCAUCUUCCCAAACCCUCUAAUAUGUUCGAUUGA